AUGAGUUCCUACACAGAUAUAUUAUUUGCAUCAUUAAAAUCAAAUCUAACAAUUUCGCCUACGGAGAAGUUAUUCAUAGGAGGGGAUUGCAAUGGUCAUAUUGGGUCAUUUACUGCUGGCUAUGGAGAGGUGCACGGUGGCUUCGGCUUAAGGGAUAGGAACAAAGGUGAUACUUCACUAUUGGAUUUCGCUAGAGCUUUUGAGUUGGUGAUCGUGAACUCUAUUUUUCCGAAGAGGGAGGAGCAUUUGGUUACUUUCCGGAGUAUGGUGGCUAACACUCAGAUUGACUAUCCCCUCCUCAAAAGGUGUGAUAGGGGGUUGUGUGAGGAUUAUAAGGAAAUUUCUAGCAAAUCUGUAGGCAUAAAGCCUAAGAAGAAACAUGAUGCAAGUGUUGGUCCAUCUUCAUCACCACCUCACAAAAAGCGCAAACAACAGCUAAUUGAUCCCUCAACUGCAGAGAGUCCAAUUUCACAUGUGUCUGUAAUACCUCAAACCAAGUUUCCUCCUACUGGUAAGACUGAAAUCAAGGAAACUAUAUUACAUAUUAAGAAGCCAGCAGAUUCUAAAUCAUAUGAUUUGUCUUCUUUGAGGAAGGAUCUAAAUUCAUUCAAAGAUUAUGUGAUGGGCGAGUUCACUUCUCUGCGAACAUUGAUUAAUGAAAAUUUCAAAAAGAUUUUUGAACAUGUUAAAGCCAAUCACAAUACAGAAAAGGUAUACCAAAUAAAGAAAUAUACCGGGAGACAUGAUGGUGGUAUUCAAAUGUCAUCCGAGCCCAACUUGCACGAUAAUCCCAAAAUCCAAACACAAAGUGAUGUAGCUGUUGGGGAGAACUCAGAG